AUGAUGAAGACGGAAUCCACAUCCAAGAGCGCCGGACCGGGCCCCGGCCCCGGCCCCGGGUCCGGGUCGGGCUCCACGCUCCGGAGCCCGUCCCCGCACAGGAACGCCUACGAGGCCGGGAUGCAGGCCCUGAGGCCGGUCAAAGAGGGCGCCGCCAACGGGGGCCUGCAGGAGGGGCCCCGGGGCCGCAGGUACGGCUCCAACGUGCACCGCAUCAAGAACAUGUUCCAGCAGAUGCAGACCACGGCCCCGGCCGACGCCGAGGGGGGCGGGGGGGGUGGGGGGACCGAGCCGGACGGCGGCUCCAGCAGCAGCAGCAGGAGCGCGGACAAGUCCUCCGUGCGCCUGUCCCUCCCCAGGGCGGGCAGCCUGAACGAGAACGUGGACCACAGCGCCCUGCUCAAGCUGGGCUCCACCGUGUCCGAGCGCGUCAGCAAGUUCGACCCCAAGGCCGAGAACGGCCACCAGCGGACCCCGUCCCCCAGCUACUCCAAGCUGCAGGAGACGCGGCGCAUCUUCGAGCAGCAGCAGCAGCAGCAGCAGGAGAAGCUGGCCACCACCAGGGUGCUCCUGAAGACGGACAAGGCCUCGGGCUUCCAGGACGGCCGGCUGGACGUGGUGGCCCGCUUCAACGGCAGCACCGAGUCCCUGGACAGCCUGGACGCCGGCGAGGCCGUGUCCCCCACCGUCAGCCAGCUCAGCGCCGUCUUCGAGAGGGCGGCCGAGCUCCGGAACAACCUCCACCGCCUGUCCUCCACGCCGCCGCUGCCCUCCCGGGGGGUCAGCGCCAAGGUCGGGGUGCUGAACUCCAAGAUCAUCACCAAGAGGGCGGGCGCCCUGGCGUCGGGCGGUCAGGAAGAGGAGUCUGGCCGCCAGAGGGGCCAGGAGGCGCCUCCCUCGAAGGGCGCCAGGGGGAGGGCGGCGCCCCCGUCGGACGGCCUCAACGGGGGUCAGGUCGCCGGUCAGUGCGUCCCGGCGUCUGGACGCUCUUCUGCCGGAGGGGGGCCCGACGAGCAGAGGGAAAAGACCGUGUCCAACGCCGGGGUCCAGGCCAAGGCCGAGGUCAGGCACGAGGUCAGCGCGGGGGACGCCGGCGUUUCCGUGGAGAACGGCGGAGAGGCCCCCGACGAGAAGCGAGGCGGCCGGCAGGGCCAGGGGGACGGCGUCCAGGAGGAGGUGGACGAGGAGGUGGACGACGGCGGCAGGACUCUCAGAGACGAGCUGUCGGGCCGCGACUCGGUGGACAUCAGUGCCUACAGCGCGGUGGGGGAGGACUUGGAGGGAAGCCAGAGGGACGAGGACGAGGAGGUGGACGAGGAGGCGGACGAGGAGGCGGAUGACCGCUACGAGCCCGAGUCCAGCUGCGUGGAGAUCACGGGGCUCCCCGCCGAGGAGGACCCGCCCCCCUCCAGGAAGAUCCGCUUCAGCUCGGAGCCCAUCAAGGUGUUUGCCACAUAUCCCAACGAGGACUACGACAGACGCAACGAGGACGUGGAUCCCAUGGCGGCGUCGGCCGAGUACGAGCUGGAGAAGAGAGUGGAGCGGCUGGACCUGUUCCCUGUCGAGCUGGAGAAAGAUGGAGACGGCCUGGGCAUCAGCAUCAUCGGGAUGGGGGCCGGAGCCGACAUGGGUCUGGAGAAACUGGGCAUCUUUGUCAAGACCGUCACAGAUGGAGGAGCGGCACACAGGGACGGCAGAAUCCUGGUGAACGACCUGAUCGUGGAGGUGGACGGGACCAGUUUGGUGGGGGUCACCCAGAGCUUUGCCGCCACCGUGCUCAGAAACACCUCAGGAACCGUCAAGUUCGUGAUUGGCCGGGAGAAGCCGGGCGAGCAGAGCGAGGUGGCCCAGCUCAUCCAGCAGACGCUGGAGCAGGAGCGCUGGCAGCGGGAGAUGAUGGAGCAGCGCUACAACCAGUACAUGGACGAACAAGAGGGUGGGGAGUACGGUACGGACGAGGAAGAGGACGAAGACGAGGAGGCCAGUCCGCCCUAUCCCAGUGCCAUCGAGGUGUUCGAUCUGGCCGAGAACGAGGACAUGUCCCCUCUGGAGACGGACCCGGAGAAGCUGGCCCACAAGUACAAAGAGCUCCAAAUCAAACAUGCGGUGACUCAGGCGGAGAUCCAGCAACUGAAAAGAAAGCUGCACCACGCCGAGCAGGAAAAGCAGCGCUGGCGGAUGGACAAGGCCCAGCUGGAGCAGACCCUGCACGAAAACAAGGAGCGCAUGGAGAAGCUGGAGGGCUACUGGAUGGAGGCGCAGAGCCUGUGCCAGGCCGUGGACGAGCACCUGAAGGAGACGCAGGCCCAGUACCAGGCGCUGGAGCGCAAGUACAGCAAAGCCAAGCGCCUGAUCAAGGAGUACCAGCAGAAGGAGAUCGAGUACCUGAAGAAGGAGACUCAACGUUGUGCACAAGUCGGAGCCGAAGCCACUCUUUUGAAAGAGGAGUCAGGACAACUUCAAGAGCAGGUAGGGGAGGUGGCUGACCUGGAGUGCCGAGUGGAAGAGCUGAAAUCUGAACCUUUAUAG